GAGCCAGGGCUGCGUUUCACUGGGAACAACAUUUGUGUUACAAAAGGUUAUUUACACCGGAAGCGCAGGACUGCGUUGACAACUCGCCGACUGGUUGUCAUUUGCCGCUAAAAAUACGUUUUGUAGCCUACAUUUUAACUUUAAAUAUGUAUGUGAAUUAAUAUCUGUCUCUUAGCAAAUGUACAUGUGUAUUUAAGUUUCGCUAUGCUCUGAAACAUUACACAUGACAGGAUGUUGGUUUGCUACAGCAGCAGCUCGGAGGAGGAAAGUGAGGACGCAGUACCGACUGAUGAAAACAACAGUUUUUCUCGAAAGUGUCAAGAGGAAGAGGAUGGUAACAACGGUGGCCCAGCGAGGAAGAAACACAAAAUUGAGCAGCAGGCUCCUAAAUCAAGGCUUCCUCUCCCUGGCUGCCUGUUGGCCAUGUUUCCAGAUGAAGAGGACGCAGAGACUGAAGACAGCUCCCUUCAUGGUGGACGCAUCCGCUCCUUCAAACAUGAGAGAGGCAACUGGGCCAGUUACGUUUAUUUACCAUACCAUCCUGAGGAGGAGUUCAUGGAGUUGUUGGAGGAUCUGCUCUCGUUUGCCAGUGCCCAUGGAGCGGUUUUGACCCUGCAGGAGGAGUUCCACCUCAGCCUGUCUCAGACGGUGGUGCUCAGACACCACUGGAUCCAACCCUUCGCCCAGAGCCUGAAGGCAGGUCUGAUGCACUGCAAGAGGUUUCUGUGCACAGCAGGGAGACUGAGGGUCUACUGUAACGCUGAGAGGACCAGGACGUUUCUGGGGAUGGAGGUGUGCGCUGGGCAUGUUCAGAUAAUGGACCUGGUCCAUGAAGUGGACAAAACCAUGACGGAGUUUCACCUGGACACCUUCUAUAAGGAUCCUUCUUUCCAUGUGAGUCUGGCCUGGUGUGCUGGAGACCUGACGGGACAGAUGAAGGAGGGGUGCAUUCAGGGGAUGCAGAGCCCCUCCUCCAACACACACGAACGCGCACAUGACCAAUGAGGGCACAAGAUAAGUUUGUGCACAGAUGGAAGGCUGACAGGCAGAGUCUGGUUGAUAACCAUGAAGAAGGACCAUUCGUGCUGCAGUUGGACUGCGAGGAGCUGCGCUUCAGAACAGGAAACAAAACCUUCCGCUUCCCUCUGAAGCCCUGAGUGGAUACAUGAAAACCUUGAAGUCCUAAGAUUGACAGCUGUUUUCUUCUGACACACUACAGAGCUGGAACACUUAAACCCUCUUAGUAUUGACACUGCUGGCAGAUAUGUGGCAGGUCCAAACAAUGACAAUCAAGGCUCCCUAGAGUGGUGCAGUGGUGAUGUUUUUUUGUAGGCUCCGCAUAUUUACACCACUCCAAGCAUAAAUGAAAUUUGCAGAAGUAAAAAGCAAUAGUUAGGCUAUAAAGGAGCUACAUCACCGUCGCGUGAGUUCACGUCACCACCGCUAAACUCAAGGCGGCCUAUGUUCAGCAUAAUGACAGUCAGUUGUCUUUUUAGCAACCGCUGUUUUUAUGAAGUUUUGGAUAUUCAGGAAUAGUGUAAUUAUUAUUAUUAUUAUUAAAAUGUGAAAAUCUCAGCUUGUUAACCACAGACCUUUUUCAGGCAUCUCACCAAAAACAUGUUCAAAGAAACAUUAAGUUUGAGACAAGGGAACUUUAAGUGCUCAAAUGCGUACUGAUUUACGGGUUUUGGGACUCAUCUCUGCACCAUUCUAUGGCAUAAGAAUAUGCAUUGUUUUAAAAAGAUGUAUAUAAAUAAAGUUGCUACUGGUUUCUACUUCUUUGCACAUGGGAUGCUAAUGCUACGAGAUGUGAUAAGUAUGGAAGCCCGUUUGCGCCACAGAAAAGAAAAAA